AUGGCAUCGAUCAAUAAUCAAGUAAGAGUUCUGGAGAUCUGUCAAGUUACCUCGUUCUCCGACUCUCCUGAUUCAGCCACCGAGUUAUCUCUUCCUCUCACUUUCUUUGACACUUUUUGGUUCAAAUUCCCCCCUACUGAGCGCAUAUUCUUCUAUCAACUCACCGAUGCAACCCCUGCAUUUUUUCACUCGGUCAUCCUUCCUAAACUCAAGCAGUCCCUCUCUCUUACUCUCCUCCACUUCCUCCCUCUCGCCGGAAAACUCACCUGGCCUCCACAUGCUGCCAAACCCUUCAUCCUCUACGCCCCAAAUAACGCAAUUCCAAUCUCAAUUGCAGAGUCUGACGCAGAUUUUCACCAUCUUUCAGAUACUAUUCAUGAAGCAGAUGAGUCUCACCCUUACAUACCAGAGUUGCCUGUAUCCGACUCCUGUGCAGAUAUCAUAUCACUUCAAAUAACUUUGUUUCCAAACCAAGGGUUUUGCAUUGGCAUAUCUUCCCACCAUGCUAUCCUUGAUGGCAAAAGCGUAACCAUGUUUAUUAGAGCAUGGGCUCACAUUUGCAAACACAGCCAGAAUGAGAAGAACCCAACUUUGUUACCGGAGCUAACUCCCAUUUUUGAUAGGACAAUGAUUCAGGACCCAGAAGGGCUUGACAUGGUGUAUUUGAACAACUGGUUAAGCAUUUUUAAGUCCAUAGGUUUUGAUGGCAACCCCAGAACCCUGAAGCUCCUGCCGGCUUUUAAUGGCUUACCAGCCAACCUAGUGCGAGGAACAUUCGAAUUGUCUCGUGAAGCUCUAAAGAAACUCAGGCAAAAGGUACUCUCUCAAUUGGAAAGAGUAGAUCCAGAGCAAACAAAGACAAUCCAUUUAUCAACUUUUGUGCUUACUUUGGCAUAUGCAGUGGUUAGCAUAGUUAAAGCUAAGGGAUUAGAGAGAAAUACAAAGGUGGUGUUUGCAUUUACGGCAGACUGUAGAGCUCGUUUAGAGCCGCCACUGCCUGCAAAUUAUUUUGGAAAUUGUGUUAGCGGCUAUAAUGAUGCUACAGAAGCAGAAGUUCUCAUGGAAGAAAAUGGCAUUGCCUUUGUCGUUCAGAGGCUUAGCAAGUUGAUAAAAGGCUUAGAGAAAGGAGCUCUUGAGGGAGCAAAAAAUAAACUUGAAAGUUUUAUGGAAAAGAAGCCAGAUUCACUAGAGGUGAUUGGGGUCGCUGGUUCACCCCGAUUCCAGGUUUAUGAAUCGGAUUUUGGGUGGGGAAGGCCAAAGAUGGUCGAGGUUACGUCCAUUGAUAGAACUGGAUCCAUUUCCAUGGCGGAGAGCAAAGACGAAAGUGGCGGAGUCGAGAUUGGCAUAGUUUUGAAGCAACAUGAAAUGGAGAAAUUUGAUUCUCUAUUUAUUAAUGGCCUUAAAGAAUAA